UGAUCGGUUUUGUUUCAGUUGCCAGAUGAUGGGUUCUAAAUUAAGUAAUCGCUGAUUUAACAUUGAUGCUUUGUAUGACGAAGAUGAUGAUUUCAUAUUAGUCGGUGCCAUUCACAGCACAGAUAACUUUAGCGGAAUUCGACAAUUAGGGCACUUGAAAAACUUCAGAUAGUCAAUGAGUUGGCACAGUUUGUGUGAUAGUCUAACAGAAGGGUAGUUUGACACAAUAACCAAAGUCAAUCAGUGGAACAUAUAGUAUCUAUAGUGAUGCCGCCCCCUCCACCCCCUCCCCCAGGCGGUCCUCCGCCGCCUCCCCCUCCGGGCCCCAAGGCAGCUUCCGGUCCCCCGAAGGUGAACAAAAACGAUGCAAACGCGAGGGGUGCCCUUCUCAGCUCCAUUCAGAAGGGAACGGGGCUAAAGAAAGUGCCGAAAGAUCAAAUCAGCGACAGAAGUGCAGUGGAUCCUGCAGGAGCGAAGCCGGCUGGAGGCGCCUCUGCACCUGGCGGCGGCAGAGCAGCUGCUAGUGGGGGAGGAGGAGGAGGUAACAGAGACCCCCCAAGUACGGGAGGAGGAGGAGGAAUGAUGGGAUUCGAUCCACGCGCAGUUUUGGCGGGAUUGAAAAAGACAGAAGGAAAAGUGUCUACGGGAAGGGUCGCCUCUCCCAAGCCUCCUCCCACAACCCCACCUGCUGCUAACCCAGUGACAAGCCCAUCUGUAAGAGUGACGACACCAAACACGCAACCAUCACCACCUGUGCCAUCGCCCUUUGCGCCUAACGUGAACCCCUCCGCCCCUAGACCAAGUCCACCUCAAGAAGACAGAUCGAGGCCAAACCAAACCAGGCCGCAAGUGCCAAUUACGCGACCUCCGAUAUCCCACAGACCAGCGCCUCCGCCAGUGCCUUCAAUACCUAGUCAGCCCCCACCCGUCAGGGUACAGCCGCAUCCGGGAGGUGCAGGUGGCCCAUCGGCCAGACAGCCGCCUGCAGUGCCACCCCCUAUGAGACCCCCUCUCAUGAGGCCAAAUCGACCACCGCCCCCUCCAAUCACACCCCCUGUUUCACACCCACCAAUGUCUCAACGAGCGCCGCAGCCGAUACCAAGUCGGGUUGCUCCUCAAGCCCCAAAUGCGAGAGGGAGGACGCCUCCGCCGCCACCAUCACACCCGGCACCUCCCAUUCCAAACGGAACAGACUUCCACAACCGCAAUGGCUCUUCCACCGGACGCAAGCUGAGUAAUAUUCCGCCUCAAUCAAUGGAUUCGGUGCUACCCGACAACACAAUAGACGAGUUUGAGAGGCGCUUCAGGUGGGUGGACGACUUUCCCCCUCCUCCCCCCUUCAAAGAUAUCAAGAAGAGCUAUCCCUCCAAAAGUUCACAGAAUAAACCUCCUUCGCAGCGGCCGGCGAUUCCUCCGCCUGCUGCACCAGGGUCUUAAACGAACUAGUCUGGGCAACCGAUUUAAACUGUCGACCGCAAACUAUCGAGAAAAGGCUGCAGAAUUAAUUAUACACUGGCAGAAAAUGUUGACAUAUCCUUAUCCUUUACGAAUUGGCCAAAAUAUAUGAUGUGUGGAACCCACCUCCGAACUAAACCCACGCGAUUAGAAUAAAAACUAGUUCGGUGAUGUCAUCAAAAGUAUCAUUUGUUGCUUUGUUUGGACAACUGAAGUGACGACGAUACGAUCAAAAUGGAUGGUACUGAAGCGAAGAGAAACAAUACACAUCCGCUGUCUACUUUCUCCUACUCUGUUCUUCUAUCUCUUCAUCUCAAUUUCAGUGGCAGAAGAGACAUUGGUGUCUGCAAACGAACAAUGUACAUCAGAUCAGCAUAAAUAAUAACAAGAGCACUACACAAUUGAACAAAUAAAUGCAAACAUGAACUUACAUAUACAAUAAACACCACCAGCCCCUUUCUCUCUGUCGACGACAUUUCUUUCUUUUUUAAUGCAAUUGUUGUUUUGACUGAAGAUAUCAUUUUGUUAAAUUUCAAUUCGAAUCAAUCAAAUUUAAUUAUAUUACUAUA